CCCUAACCAACAUUCAACAGAGCAUUAGUAUGAUUCGGCUAGAAGUGCGCGAUAAACGCAAUUAACCGAAAUUUCCCCUUAAUCGAGACAUAAACCACUGCGACGCUGAAAUACGACUUGAUGACAUCUGCCUUGGCACCCUCCGCCAUGGCUCUUGGCUCCAGCACGUGGUGGACGAAACCAUCGUCAAUUCGCUUCCUUGCAAAUGGCAGUGUAUAGAUAGCAAUUUCCAUUCCUUUGAUGGAAUGUGCCUAGACUGGAAAUUCUACUAAUUUCAGCUCCUUGGCAGUGCUUAAAGCAAUGAUAAAAAGGCGACGGAGGUCCCGGAGUACUACUCCUCCUGAUUGAGGAGUUCAUCCACCAGCCAGUCUGAUCAAUCCAUCGUGAUGAGGAUUCUCUGGAUCUCAGGUGUUGCGCUUUUUGCGCCGGCUACUGUUCUAGCGCAGACCUUCCAGCGCUUGGGUGGUUGUCCUACAUUGGGGUGUGUCUUUCCUCCGGACCAGGCGGAUUUCCUGGCCGGGCAGUACUUUGACAUUCGACUGGAGGUGCAUUCGCCUGUUAAUGGCUCGGAGGCUCGAAAGGGCGAGCCGGAUCCGGACUUUAAGUUCACCAUUGCCAAAAAGGGUGAGCAGUCUAAGGCAGCGAUGGAGUACUUUGAUGUUGAGGAGCCUGAGCUGGAACGAUGGGACUUUUCGUGGUAUGAAGACCUGUUCGCAGAAGAUGCAGGAAAGGCUUCCCUCGUCAACGUGACUUCCAAGGCAUACCGCAGAAUUGCACUCAACGAGCCUGGCGAGUACGAAGUGACCCUGACAUACUAUGGAGACCAAACAACAACAGCCACCUGGACAGUCCGCGACCUUCCCACCAAGCGACGUGCAAAGAACGUCAUCUUGUUUAUCGGCGACGGCAUGACCACCAACAUGAUCACUGCAGCUCGUCUGAUUUCCCACCGCAGCAUCAACGGCAAGUACAUGACCAAGAUGGCGAUGGACAAGUUCCCGGUUCUGGGCCACCAGAUGACCCAUUCGAUGGACUCGUUCAUUACGGAUAGCGCCAACUCAGCUACGGCGCUGUACACUGGACACAAGACAACUGUCAAUGCAUUGGGCGUGUAUGUCGACUCGUCCGAGGAUGCCACGGAUGACCCCAAGUUCGAAAACAUCGUGGAGAUCUUCCGUCGUCGGUAUCCCGAUGCUGGUGUUGGUAUUGUCUCCACGGCGUUUCUCGCGGAUGCCACCCCAGCUGGUUUGACUGCUCACACUGCAGACCGAAGCGAGUACGAUCACGUCAUCAAUGCAUUCUACGAGGGCUUAACCGAGUAUGACUGGACAAAAUGGGGCGGACCAGACGUCCUCUUCGGUGCUGGAGCCGAGAACUUCCUCGAAAGCCAGGACGCCUCGCGCGACUACUACAAUCUAUUCGCAGAGCAGGGCUACAACGUCCUCUGGAACAACACAGCCCUACACUCUGCCCCAAACGACACCAGAGCUCUUGGCGUCUUCCAGACCUCAAACCUGGCAACAUGGCUCGACCGCAACGUCUACCAGUCCAACCUGCUCAACCAGAGUAACUACCCCGACGGCUCUGGUCGCGAUGCAAAGGAUCUCCCAGGCCUGAAGGACAUGACCCUAAAAGCCAUCGAUGUCCUGAACGCGCGCCACGAGAAAGACGGCUGGUUUCUCAUGUCCGAGGCAGCGAGUAUCGACAAGCAGAUGCACUCGCUAGACUACGACCGCUCGCUCGGCGAACUGCUCGAACUCGACGAUACCGUCCGCGCAACAAUCGAAAAACUAGACGCCCUCGGCGAACUCGAAGAUACUUUGAUCCUCGUAACCGCAGACCACGGCCACGGCUUCGACGUCACUGGCUCCGUCGACACAGAGUAUCUCAACGCCCAGAAAGACGACCGCUCCAAGCGCCGCGCAGUCGGGUACUACGAAAACUCAGGUCUCUCAGAGUAUACCAUGGGUAAUGGCGGAAGCAACCUGCGCUACUCCGAAGGUGUACAUUUCCCCUCGCGUUGGGAUCCGCGAUACUCCCUGCACGCUGGCGUUGUGGCAUUCCCGGAUCACCGUGAGAACUACCAAGUUCACGCAGAAGGCCCGCGCACUCCUGCGAAUGGCCCCGUGGCUAACUAUAAGGAUGCAGUUACUGGAUUCCUUGUGAACGGGACGUUGCCGGUGGAUAGUGACCAGGGUGUGCACUCGUUGACGGAUGUGCCUGUGUUUGCGCAGGGGCCGUGUCAGGAGUUGUUUGGGGGGGUGUACAAUUCGGUUGAUAUUUUCUUUUAUAUGGCUGAGUGUCUUGGAUUGGCGAAGGGUCCGGGAAAAGAGCAUUAGAAUUCAUUCCGUGAUGUAUGUAUGUGUCUUAGGGUUUGUGACCCUGGGCUUCAUAUGUAUCAUCGAGAUAAAAUCAUUUAUUUUCUUGUCAAAUGUUGAUUGGGGGUUUGAUUUAGAUGUCUUUCCAAAAUGAGAAAAGACGAUAUUCUUAAGUAUACAACAACACUCAAGUGCCU